UGCAUGUAGCACUGGGGGGGGUCUCGGUACUGCAUUGCCAGCUAGGGGGCUGCAAUCUCAGUCUGUCCUAGCAUCCACCUGUCUGCUUUCCAACCCCUCUAAUCUCUAGAGCACCAUGUAAUGUAGGUUUGUGCUUCCAGAGUGGAUCUCCAGGGGUGGGUAUUUAGCAGUCCCAGGCUUCUACUCAUUCCCCACUCCAUUUCUCUUCCUCCCACCGGUGAGCUGGGGUCGGGGGAGGGCUUGGGUCCUCCCGGAUCACGGGUUUGCUACUUCACCCUUCUCCAUGAGGUCUUCUCUUUUCACCAGAUGUAGGCUGUCUGUUGUAGUCUUCUUCCCAGUAGCUCUUUGAGGAUUAAUUAUAUUUGCUGUAUUUUCAUGUUAUAUGUAAUUUUGGGAGGAGGUUUCUGCUUCACUUCUCAUGCCGCUAUCUUGUUUAAUCAUGUUUCUUAAUCUUUUGAAACUCAUGGCCUCUUACAAGACACAUAAAAAUCUCAUACCUCUUCUCUGUUCUGAUGAACUCUCCCCCCUCAGGUGUAUUACAUCCAUCCUCUUUCCCUCACCAGCCAGUAGUAUUUUAUCUUGCUUUUUCUUAAGUUUGUAUUAUAAAAACAAUAGUCAUUCCUCUGGUACAUACAGUUAUGAUACUGAAUAUGACUUUCAAACUAUAAGUCUUUGUCUCUCAAUCUUAGGAAUUUCUAGAAUGCUACCUACUCUCGAUUCAGAAUCAUUUCUCUAGAACCCUUAUUUUAUUUGGCCAGUACACUGGUUUCCAGCUUUAAUUCAAGAAGUCAAAAGACUUUGUACCCAGGAUUUGUGUCAGGCAUGUUAAGUUAAUCAACUAAUAUGAAGGUUUGAUCAAAGCCCUCAGCCUGACAACUUAUUUAAGUGAAAAGAGAGAGAGGAGGCUGGAGAGAACUGGUUUCUUGGCAUUGGCCAGAAGUUGAGGUAAGUAUGCUAGCAUUUUAGUUUACCAUACAGUUAGUUCAUGGUGCAAGAGGCAUUUUGUUGACUGUUGUGUCAACACCAUGGCCUCAGUUGCUGUCCAGAAAACCUUUUUUCCCUAUAAUAGGCUUAGGUUUAUAGAAGGCUUUGCUUUUCCCAGGAUCCAGCUAAUAAUAUUGAGUACUUAGAAUUUACUAUGUACUCUGAUAAGUGCUUCUGAAUUUAUAACACAUUUUUUAUUUUCUCUCAUUUAUUCCUCAAAAUAAACUCCAUGUUAUAAAAGAGAAACCGGAAGCUAAGAGAUUUGCCCAUGGAAUCUCCCAGCCCGUGGAUGGCAGAGCCAGGCCUCAGGGUCUGUUGCUUUCGGACAUCAUAGCCCAGUCGUUCUACUUCUAUAAAGACUUUUGUUCAGAAUAAACACAAUUUCAAGGGCUUUGGGAGUCCUUUAGAGGCUCUAGGUUGUUCUGUGGAUUUGCUCCAGUUAGUGAAUCUCCUAGAAAUAGUGAGAUUCUCAGACGGAUUUCCACACAUUUAAGCCUCUGAAGCUUAAAGAGGAUUUAUUUCAGUUACUGGAAUGUCCCCUGGAGUACCUGACUGUGACUCCCAAAUAAGACCGAUGGUAGGUCCAGGGCUUCUUCAUUUCUUAGAUUUUCAUUACCUUUCUAGCCUCUCUUGAGGUUGUCAUCAUUCUCAUUCGAUGUAGGUAUUUUCUCUUUUUGAAUAUAGUCUUUACAAGAAAAGAUGUUGUAUUUUGGCAAUCUCAGUUUCUGAAAUAUUUCCUUAUUAAUGGUUAAUGUUCAGAUUUUCAGGCUGAUCCCUAUGUAUUCCCUCUGACUUUCCUAAAUCAUAGACCCUUGAUUCUCCCUUCCCCCUCUCUUAGAGAGCCUGCCCUUUCCUGACUCCACAGCCCCUUCCCCAUUCUGGAGCUGAAGAGCAGGACCCGAGCUAUCCGGAUGUCUCCCCUCAGGCCCCACAGUCUGUGCUCAGAGGUUUGCCAGGAGAGUCAUUUCACACCUUUCUGUUCUGAGCAGCUCAGCAUCUGUUGUCAGUCCUUUUCACUAGACUCAGUUACAUCUGAUUUAAACUUUAGCUUUUUGCUUUCUCUGUUGUCCUCUGUACCUUUCAUGUGUUUGAGGUCCAUGCUCUGGUUUUCUCCAUUUCUUUAGUUUCUCUGCAACUAACUUGGCUUUGCACUUGAGUUAGUUAUCUAUAAAAUGGGCAUAAUACUAGCUUUCUACAUAUAGUGUCGGUGAUGAAAGGAGCAUGUAUGAAGUGCUUUUAGGAAACAAUGGAGAUGCCCUUAUGAGAAGGUGAUUCCAAUUUAAUGAAAAUAGAGCAAACAACAAUACAUGUUUUUUACUUCUGGCAGUCUUUGAUUAAAAACCAUGAUGUAGUUUAAAUGUUUUGUUGGUGUCAGUCAUGACAGGAUUUGCUGUGUAUCUCACCCUGUGAUCAUCUUUUGGGUUGUCCCGUGAAUCCUCUGUGUUCUCUGUGGAUGUCCUCGGAUGCCGUAGAAACCCAGGAAGGGUCCAGAGUGGACGCUGAGAGCGUCGCCAUGCACCUCCGUGUGGCUCACUGUCAGCCUUCCCUCGUCAUUGCAGCGGACGUGGGGAACAGCAACAGUCCGUGGUUGAGGCCCUUGUUCUAAACUCUGAGCCCAGCCCCCCCGGGGCAUCCUGCUCAGACACGCUGUCUUGGGCAAGUCACCCUCUCUGCUUGGGCCUAUGGCUUUCUGUUCCUGGGACAGUGUUUGUAGCUGGCUGUGGAGCCACUGCCCCGCUUUCUCCAGGCUCCUCGUAGGCCUUCCUUCCUGUGCUCUGCUGACACAUAAAAUGAUCCUAGGGGCAUGUGGGCUCAGUCUUGGAGCUGUGAGCCCAGGCUUGUCAGAGGAGGAGCCUCAGUGUAAACGAACUUGUCAGAGCAGAGCCCAGGGUUCCUGGGGCACCUUCAGUAGAGGUGAGGUCUAAAUAAAGUGCCUGCUCCCUCUCCCCUCUGAGAAAUCCAAACCAACUUGGUGUUUAAACUUAAAGUGGUAAAAUGGGAGUGGGUGUGGUUUAGGGAAAGCAGCAUGUGCUCUGUACGGUUUUGUGGUCCGAACAGCCCCAAAGUCUGAUUCCAGUGUGACAUGUGGGCAAGUGACUCCACCUCUGAGCCUGUUUUCAAUUAUAAAACGAGGAGGGAUAAACCUACCAGAUAAGGUUCCGACAAGCAUUUAAGUGGGGCAGCACUCAAGACCAGCUGCUAGUGUUCCUAAUUCCUGCAUCAUUGGGCCGGAGAGGGUAGGAUGAGUGUGCGAUGGAUGCAGAGGAGAGGGAAGGGGCACAAAAGGAAUGGUUAUUAUGGGAAGGUGGUAAGAGAUGUGUCUGUGCACCAUGGCUAAGCAGUGACAGGAAUGCAGAGCGGCGUGAAUGCCAGGGUGGGGGAGGAGAAGCAAGGAGACUGGGACAAAGCCAGGGCCAGAAAUGGAGUAUCCCUGUCUUUUGUGUCAUGCUCCGGAGAGCUCAGCAUGACAGCUGCUCAUACACGCUCCCCCUUUUAAUGUGGCGAUCCCUGAAGCUUAGCCGGGCCUGCUGAGCUGGAUACAGAGCAAGAGUAAUAAUGGCAAGUACCAUUGUCGAGCCGGCCUGGGAAGCAGGUUCUGGCACUGCCGGGAAGACUGAGUCCCAGGGUUGGUUUGUAUCUUGCCCCUCUAGCGUGUGCCCCAUUCUGGACUGUCUUCGGUGCAGUGGUAAAGUCCUUUGGGAGCAGGGAAUUACGUUCUCCCCUCCUCCUGCGCCCAGCAUACUGCUCUGAACAUUGGUGUUUGGUAAACAUUUUAGCAGACAUAAAUGUAUUACUCUGGAGCACAGCAUCUUCCCCUACUCAUUAAGUGAUGCCUCUGAUGCAGGUUCUUCCCAAGACAGGCCUGGACAGCUCCUUGGGGAGAGGAGAGGGCAGUCCAUAGGACUGCUGCCAACUGCCACGGAGUAAGUGCUAAAACUUGUAAAAUUAUUAAAAACAGGGCAGUGUGCCUAGUCCCACUUAAUAGAAGAAAAAGGCUCAGUGAGGUCACAAGCUUAUAUAUGGACUCCUGGUCCAGUGCCCGCCCCGCUCUGACCCAGAGAUCCGGCUCCUCCCGCCUGACAGACCAGGCUCUCCCUCGCGGAGCGCCCAUCCGGCCGUCAUCCCGCAUCCCCACCCCGGCCCCGCUGCGGUCUCCGAGGUCGCUGGAGUCCCGCGGCCGGGCCGGCAAGAUCCGCGUGCGCCCGCGGGGCAACCUCUGGGCCACCGGCGGGCAGCACAACGGGCAGGGGUCCUCGCUGGCCCUGGGCCAUCCCCACCUUCCCCCGUCCGUGCCCUCCGCUCCGCCCUGCCCCGUUCAGGACAGGCCGAGGUCCCGCCUCACCACCACCCGCGGGUCUCUGUGGCUCCUCGGUGACGAAGCAGGAAGGUUUCGCAUCUUUACACCAGAAUUGACAGGUCACUUCAUGGGCAAGAAGAGUCUGGAGGCCCCCAGCCCAUCCCUCCUGGGGACAGCGCCCCAGAUCUCCCCGAGGGCCCAGCGUCUGCAGCGGAGUCACGACCUGCUUGGGAUCCUCCGGCUGAAGAAGGCCGUGGGCCCGGGCCCCGGCGGCCCAGCACCGCACACCCAGGAGGCUGCUGGUGCAAAUGCUGCAGAAGUGAUGCCAUUAAUGAGGAAGAUACAACAACGAGGCUCUGACUGUGCCCACCCAGGGAAGGUGCUGCAUGGGACCCUGGUAGGGGUCCCACCUGGAUGUAAAUCCUGGGCUCAGAUCUCUGUUACUCCAUUUCUGUGAUUUGUGGUUGGGCGGCCAGGAGUAUCACCAAUGUGGACACAAAUUAUGUUCCUUCUGUAUUUCUCACUUCCCUGCAGAAAUUAUGAAUAAAAACCCUUCUCUUUA